AUGAAUACCACACUUCUCUCAUAUUUUUGUUGUUUAGUUUCAGUAGUAUUUUAUGGGAGUAAUUAUAUUGUUGUUAAAAAGUUUCCAACUGGAGAUGGAAUGUUUUUCCAAUUUACCUUAACAUUAGGUAUUUUUUUGACAGCUUUAUUCUUAGAAUUUCUUACUAAUCCAACACACCAAUUUUACCCUUUUGCUAUGUUAGGUGGUAUGAUUUGGGCAACUGGCAAUUUACUUACAGUACCAGUUAUUCAAACAAUUGGGGUGUCAUUAGGUAUUAGUAUUUGGGGUAUUUCUAAUUUAGCAAUAGGAUGGUGUACUGGAACAUUUGGACUAUUUGGUAUCGAUGCACAACCAGUUGAUAACCAAAUAUUAAAUUGUGUUGGUGCGUCAUUGGCUUGUAUCAGUGUUCCAUUUUAUGGUUUUAUUAAAUCCAUGGAACAAAAGAAAAUAGAAGAAAUGGAAGAAGUAAAAGAAAAAGAAAA